AUGUCCGACUUUUUUGGCUUCAACACGGUCAUGCCAGGCCGCCAGGGUGGCAGAAUCGCCCUGAACCUCGAGGAGCAGCAGGAGCUCGACCGCCAGGUCCAAAAGUACGCUCUCGAAACCGGGGAGGACUUUGAGAUUUACGACUAUGGCGAGACCUACGACAACCUGGCCGAUGAUCUCGAGGAGACCAGGGAUGAUCUCAACGACGAGACCUUCGGAACCGACUUUGACUUUGCAAAGAACACGCACCAGGUCGCUCCUGCCCUCAAGAAGGAGGAGGAGCUCUACAUCAAGCAGAGUGAUCAUUCAGGUGUCCGCCGCUCCUCGUUUGCUUCAUUGUGGGAGAACAACGGGAACAACCUACAGGGACUUCCUGAGCCUUCGCAUGCUGCGUCGUCGAUCUGGGGCUCUUUCAGCAACACCACCGCCAAGGGUAUGGAUAUCGGUGGCAAUGGUGGAUUCGCUGUUCACGAUCCCGUCUUUGGACAGGGCACCUUCGCUCUUUCGCGACCCUCCGGCUUUGGUGGCAACCAACCUAGUCUGGAGGAAAUUGAGGCUCAGCUCGCGAGAACUGCCGGUGCUCAGCCCCAUAUUCAAAUGCAACAGGAGCGCAAGAUGAUGAGCUUGGAGGAGGUUGAGGCUGCCUUGAUGAACAUCAACGGAGGACGCCCCAUCUACUCGGAGGCCAUGAUCGCCGAGCAGCAGGCCAAGCAGGCCAGACUUGAGCAGCGUCGUGCCGAGAGACAGGCUAAGCAAGCUGAGACUGCCAAGCACAAUGGCUUGAUGACACAGAGCGACAAGGACUUUAUCAACCGCAUUCAGAUCUCGCAGUUGGUCACGGACGAUCCCUAUGCCGACGACUUUUACUGCCAGGUCUACACCGCUCUUCGUAACAGACACUUGCAGCAAAUGGGCAUUCCUGGCAACAUGAUGGACCCAGAGGGCAUCCAGGGCGACAGCAGACGUCGCGGAGGCAACGGCCGCACUGAGCAGCGCAUGCAACAGCAGGUCCAGAGGAUCGUCAGCGAUGCCAAGCGUAACCCCAAACGCACCAACGUGACUGUGGAGGGCGCCCUUGGAAAGAUUGCAGUGAACUCGGUUCUCAACCCUCGUCAGCUUUUGCAGGUCUCAAAGCGCGGAAGCUACGCCGAGUCGUCGGGACCCAACUCGCCCAAGCCCCCUUCGCCUGGACCCGUCAGCACCAAAUCGCACACUGUUCUUGGAUGGAUCGAGAACGUUUACACAUACGUCUUGGCUCUGGAACAGAAGAGGCGACAGCAACCACCACCUCCAAGAAUGGGCGAGGAAGAGAUUGCCGGAGAGGCCAUCCGUCGUUGGAACGAGGAAUACGGUGUCCUUGCCCGCAAGAUGUGGAACGAGCUUCGCAUCACCGUUCCCAUUGGCAUCGUUCAUCCUCAUCCCUUCAUUUCGAUUUUGAACUACUCCAAGGGUAAGAAGGUUAUUCCUCGCGUCCUUCGUCACUUGCUGCCUGAGCAGACACUGACUCUGUUGACCAUGUUGGUGGCCAACUUUGAGUCAUUGAAUGUGUGUAAGUCUGAGGUCUACGCCGAUGUCCAGGGCAACCAGGAGAUUGAGUUGUUUAUGAACACGAUUGUCCCACCACUCCUCGGAUUUGUCUCUGAGGCGCCAUUCAGGAUCGUUGUCGGUCUUUUGGCCUUGUUUAUUGAGCGCAACAAUAUGAUCUGGGUUGCCAGGAGCAAGCCUGGUUUGGCCUUUUUGACUCUGUUCUUGAGCCGCGCCGAGAUACUUAAACAGGGCCAGGGUAACUACCCCAUCCCAGAAGACCGCGAGGUUAACCAAUGGAACGAGCUUUACCAUAGACUGUUUAACCAGUUGCAGACGCACUUUUCAGCAUUGUUCAUGCCCAAGGCCACGAUGGCCGAGGAUGUGCACGUAUGGCGCUUCUUGGCUGCCAUGGCCGUCGGCGCCACUGUUGACCAGCAACACGUUCUUGUCACCGAAGUGAGAGAGCAAGUACUGGAAAAUGUGAUUGCGGCACAGACGUCACGUUUGUCGCCCGAGAAGGCGGCACAGAGAAUCGGAAACGUCAACUUGUUUUUGCACGCACUUGGCUUGGAUGCGUCUCAAGUGUCAGUGCCAGCCAUGUAA